UUGUGGCUGAAUGAGUGAGGAAUAUCUUUGAUUUCUUCUGAAGAGAACGUUCACUGUCCAAUAUGUCUGACGUAGAUCUCAUUAACAGAGACCCCAACCAGAUCAACGAUCAUCUUCAGUGCCGAUUCGAGGAUGUUAUAGCCGAGCCCGAGGGUACCCACUCUAUCGACUGUGUGUGGAAGCUUUCUUACACUUGUUUCAGCUGCUGGAAAGGUUUAUGUUACAAGAUUUCCACGCUCCUCUGUGGAAUAUGCCUUGCCGCUCAAUGGGCUUGUAGCUUCGCCCAGAUUUCGUUCUGCCACAUCUGGUGCUUCACACCCUACUUCAAAUACCUUGAUAUCUGCUGCGGCUGUUAUAAGAAGCUCUGGACCCUGUGUGUAUCCUGUUGUCUUGACCCGCUAUGCGAAUCCUGCGGGGGUCUGUUCCACGCCUUCAAGAAAAACUGAUCGGUUAGACAAUUAGCGAAGUUGGAAGAACAUUCAUAUAACAGAAAAUGAGAGGACAUUUCAUGUUCAUGUUUUAUAUACACAUAUUUCCAAUAUAAAAUCGACAAAAUGGAUGUUAAGUUAUUGUGUUUCAUCUGAUAAGAUUGCAUUUUAUUGGAAAGUACAAUACAAGUGUCGGUAUAUAUUUA